AUGGAGAUUGCCUGUCUCAAAGCCAAGCUCUCUCUUCGAGAGGAGGACAACGCACAACUUGUGGUCGCUUUCAGUCAGGAGCUCAAGAAGGUUUCGGACAAGUACAAGAAGGACGUUGCCGACCUCGAGCACGCUCACACGGCCAGCUUGAAGAAGCUGAAGAAACAACUUUGCCGAGCCCAGGACGACCUUCGCCUCCAGGCGGGGAACCACAGCAGCGACGUCUGGUAUCUAAAUCGUCACCUCAACCAUGAGCAGAAGAAGAAUGCCAACCUGAAGGCCGAGGUGGACCGACUCAGCAGUCUGCUGCGUGGGCGUGAUCAGCGCGACCUGUACAACCAAACAACAGACGACCGCGGGCAGUACAUGCGCCACGAGAGUAGAACUCGCCUUCCGGGUCCAAGUCGCCGUCGCACCUAUGAGGACGCCCCGAACCACUACGAGUCCCGCCACUACGGUGCCGUCCGCUCCUACGAAACCAACAUGUAUCCACAAGAUGACGACAAGCAUGUUGGUUCUGACUGCUAUCGUCCCAUUGGAUACCGACCAAACCGCCGUUGA